CAUAGAGUCGCGCUGGAGGAGAUUCAGAGAUUCCUAAAGAGGACAUAUUAAUCAAAGCCAUAAAUAAUCAGAUCCGCCAAAGUCAAAGCCGCAAGUGUGGAGGACAACAGCAGUUGGGUCAGGCAGCUUUAGGAGGACGUAGAAACAAACCACCAUUGAGCUCUGCAACCAGGUUUUAGCACUGCGCCUGAACCCCAGGCCUUUGUGUUGCCAUUAUCACGAGAAUUGCAAUAAUUGAGGGGUUUUCGUUCAAGAAUUCAAAUUACGUUUUAGUCCUCAUUCUUCCGUUGUCGUUCCAGACGCAAAGCAGAUGACGGUGAACACGACUUCGCUCUGCUUCCGAAACAAGGCCAUACUGGCUCCCAUGGUGCGGGUGGGGACUCUUCCAAUGAGGCUGCUGGCUCUGGAUUACGGGGCCGACAUCGUCUACUGCGAGGUAGAACGUUUUCCUUUGCGCCAGAACUGGUUUUGGUGGCUGAAAACAACCCGACUAGGGUUGGGGUUGCUCAGUUUGAAGGCACAGAGCCACAACAAUGGGAUCCUAGAAGUGCUUGGAACUGUGGACUUCGUUGCUCCCAAUGAGAGAGUUGUGUUUAGGACCUGUGAAAAGGAAAAAGACCGUGUUGUCUUUCAGAUGGGGACAGCAGAUGCUGAGAGGGCCUUGGCUGUAGCCAGACUUGUAGAGAACGAUGUGGCUGGCAUUGACGUCAACAUGGGAUGCCCCAAAGAAUAUUCCACUAAGGGAGGUAUGGGAGCGGCACUGCUGUCUGAUCCUGAAAAAAUAGAAUCUAUUCUGACUACUCUUGUCAAAGGAAUUUGUAAGCCAGUGACCUGCAAAAUCCGAAUCCUGCCAACGAAAGAAGAAACAAUCAGCUUGGUCAAGAAGAUAGAACAUACUGGAGUUGCUGCUAUUGCAGUUCAUGGAAGGAAGAAAGAAGAGAGGCCUCAACAUCCUGUCCACUGCGAUUUGAUCAAAGCUAUUUCUGAAGCAGUCUCUAUUCCAGUAAUAGCCAAUGGAGGAUCUCAUGACUUCAUUAAAGAAUAUUCUGACAUAGAGGCCUUCAGGAAGGCAACAGGAGCUUCGUCGGUGAUGAUUGCCCGUGCUGCAAUGUGGAACCCCUCUAUCUUCAGGAAGGAAGGUCCAUGUCUCUUGAAGGACGUCAUGCAGGAAUAUAUUAAAUAUGCAGUGAGAUACGAUAACCACUACACCAACACAAAGUACUGUUUGUGCCAGAUGUUAAGGGAACAGUUAGAAAAUGCACAAGGAAAGAAGCUACAUGCAGCACAGUCCAUGCAGGAAAUCUGUGAAGUCUUUGAGAUGUGCCAUUUCUAUGAGGAAACAACAGCUCUUUUGGAAGGCAAAAACAGUUUGCUAGAAGCCACGGACCAAGAUGUAGAUGACCAAAUAGAAGACACAGAUGUGAUUAAAGUGGCAGUUAGAUUUGAUAAGCGAGAAUAUCCCCCACAGAUUACACCCAAAAUGUGUCUUUUGGAAUGGUGCAGGAAAGAAAAGCUCCCUCAACCAGUUUACGAAACGAUUGAAAGACCACGAGAUAGACUCUUCUGCUCUAUUGUCACAGUAGCAGAACAAAAGUAUAGAUCAACCUUAUGGGAAAAGUCCAAAAAGUUAGCAGAACAAGCAGCAGCUAUUGCCUGUUUAAGGACGCUUGGCCUCCCAGAGGGGAAGUGGAGUGAGGCGGCAAAUCACUUGGUUAACAAACGCAAGAGGCAAGACCAGGAACUUUUGAACAAUGGAGACCAUGGAAACAGCCUCGAAACAGAGGCUACGUAUAAGAAACCUCACUUUCCUCCAGGAGUACCUAACCCAAAUAUUUCCUAAGUGCCACAAGAGUGUGGAAACAGACAUUUUACAACUAUGCAGCAAUCAGUUUCCACAUGCCCUUUAUUUCUUUUGGAUGCAGACAGUUGGAGCAGGUAAAUGUGGAUUUUGAAUCACAUUGUGUUUCAAACAAUUGGCUUCUUGCUGUUUUUCUUUUGGUGCCUUUGGACUGGGACAAAUACAUACAUUUCCAUUGUAUCAAGAAAAAGAUUAUUGGACUUGGCAUUGAAUUCUCUUUUUACAGUAACUUCAUUUUGAAUGGGGAAGAAGAAAAGCUGAUCCUGAAACGCUGCGUUGGAAAUGAUCUUCCUGCUCACUGUUCUUUAAACAACACUUUACCAGUUUCCAUUGGUUCUCUGUUUGUGGGGAAAACAGUAACACAAUCGAGCAAGAGAUGUGAUAAACCAAAUAGCACACAGAUAAUUGAAAGUCAGUUUAAUGCCAUAUGCUUAGUUGCAGAUGGUGCUAAUCCACAUUUGUAGCUGAAGAGGGAAAGUGAUCAUGAUGGAAGCAGAAGUUGCCAUACAGGUUUCCAACCUUACAUUUUACACAGCGUGUGUUUUAAAACUACAUUUAAAACAUUAGACCUCUCAUUACUUUCAUUAUACUCUUGACUAACAAUAAAAAAGUACAUUGUAUAUUCAAAA